UACGGUCCAUUCUGCUGCUGAUCCGGGGAUGUCACACCGCUGCUAUUUUCUCCCCUCAGUCCCUCUGCCUCUCAGCCGACAGCAGCCAGCGGACUGACACGGGCUUCGGAGAACACACCGCGGAACGCACCGACACGAGCGGCGGAGCCGAACACAGGCCGGAAAAUGGCAGAGCUGGGAGCGGGAGGCCUGCCGGUGGGAGACCCUGCUCUCAACUACCAGGAGCACGAGCUCACCGAGCGGCUGAAGCGGCUGUACCCGGCGGUGAACGAGGAAGAGAGCCCCCUGCCCCGGUCCUGGAGCCCCAAGGACAAGUACAGCUACAUAGGACUGUCCCAGAACAACCUGCGGGUCCACUACAAAGGCCACGGCAAGAACCACAAGGAUGCCGCAUCAGUGCGAGCCACACACCCCAUCCCUGCCGCCUGUGGGAUUUACUACUUUGAAGUCAAGAUUGUCAGCAAAGGCCGAGACGGGUAUAUGGGCAUCGGCCUCUCUGCCCAGGGAGUCAACAUGAACAGACUGCCUGGAUGGGACAAGCACUCGUACGGUUACCACGGAGAUGACGGCCACUCCUUCUGUUCCUCCGGGACCGGCCAACCGUACGGCCCGACGUUCACCACAGGCGACGUGAUUGGCUGCUGCGUCAACCUCAUCAACAACACAUGCUUUUACACCAAAAAUGGCAUCAGUUUAGGUGUAGCCUUCACAGACCUCCCUCCCAACCUGUACCCCACUGUGGGUCUCCAGACCCCUGGUGAGAUCGUAGACGCUAACUUCGGCCAGCAGCCGUUCGUCUUCGAUAUCGAGGACUACAUGAGCGAAUGGAGGGCCAAGAUCCACGGCAUGAUCGCCCGCUUCCCUAUCGGAGAGAGACUGGGGGAGUGGCAGGCCGUCCUGCAGAAUAUGGUGUCCAGCUACCUGGUGCAUCAUGGGUAUUGUGCCACCGCGACAGCCUUCGCCAGAGCCACAGAGACCAUGAUCCAAGAGGACCAGACAUCUAUAAAGAACAGACAGAGAAUACAGAAGUUGGUUCUGGCAGGACGUGUGGGCGAAGCCAUAGAAGCCACUCAGCAGCUGUACCCAGGCCUGUUAGAACACAACCCCAACCUACUGUUCAUGUUGAAGUGUCGUCAGUUCGUGGAGAUGGUCAACGGUACAGACAGUGAGGUCCGCUGCUUGACCGUGCGCUCCCCUAAGUCCCAGGACAGUUACCCCGGCUCCCCCAGCCUCAGCCCCCGCCACGGAGCCAGCAGCACGCCCCAGCACAGCAGAGGAGCUGACAGCCCCACCUGCAGUAACGGGGUCACCCCCCCCAACAAGUCCAAGAGCCACGGCGGCCCUGGUACCAGCGUCAAGUACCCCAGCGCCUCCUCCUCCGCCUCCUCCUCCACCUCCUCCUCCCCCUCCUCCGUCAACUACUCUGAGUCCAACUCCUCCGACUCCACCAAAAGCCAGCCGCACAGCACCAACAGCACCCAGGAAACCAGUGACAGUGAGAUGGAAAUCGAAGCAGAGCAUUACACUAACGGUGUGGUGGAAGGAUCGUCUGCACGGAUCAUGAACGGAACCUACAAACACCAAGAGAUCCUACAGCCGGACGACAACAGCAUGGGCAACGGACUCACAGAUGACGGCUGUACCAAGGGCAGACAGCUGUGUGGGGGGAACCAGGCGGCCACUGAGAGGAUGAUCCAGUUUGGACGGGAGCUGCAGGCGCUCAACGAACAGCUGUGUCGAGAGUACGGCAAGAACGCCACGCAUAAGAAGAUGUUACAGGAUGCCUUUAGCCUGUUAGCUUACUCAGAUCCAUGGAACUGCCCUGUGGGUCAGCAGUUAGACCCCACACAGAGAGAAUCCCUCUGCUCAGCUCUCAACAGCGCCAUACUGGAGUCCCAGAAUCUGCCGAAGCAGCCCCCUCUGAUGUUAGCGCUGGGUCAGGCCACAGAGUGUGUUCAGCUGAUGGCCCGGGUCCGCUCUGGAUCCUGCUCCUUCGCCAGAGUAGACAACUUUUUGCACUAGCCCAAGUCCAGGUUAAUGUUAAGUAGCACUGAGAGAAGGCGUGUCCGGCAGGUGGUUGUCAUGGCGACAGAGGAAAGCGCAUGCGUGUGAUUGGUGUGUUUGGCUGUCCGUCGGAUGGAGCCGGUGGCACAGACGGAGCGGAGGAGAGCAGAGAAGAAAGUUUCCUUUUAAUUUAGUAUUAUCAAAUAAAGAAAUGUGUGACACUA